GUGACUUCAUACCGAUUUUAGUAAACAGAACCAAAUUUUGCAAGAUAAUUCAUUAAUUACAGUACAUUUUAACUUAUAAAGUUAUUUUUCUAUGUGUAAACUGAUUGUUUUUGACAGAAACAGUAAAAUAUAUCCACUAAAUGUGUUAAAUUAGAAGCAACAAAAAAUUUGGUUAAAAGUUCCGCAUUGUCGUAUUAGAAGAAUUGUAAAAUAUUCGCCGGAAAUAAAAUAACAGUCAAUUUUCAAGAUCCAGGAUAUAUAAUCAAUUCAGAAAACUCGUUAUUUACGCACAACAAACAUUUUUAUGUCCAAAAUAUGUCACUUCCAGAGCAAACGCGCAACAUUGGUUCAAAAUGGGACAUUGUCAUCAAGCAAAUGAAAAAGAACCAGAAAAAGCUGUCAAUUAAGAAUUCCAGCAAUGAAAUCAGAGUUGUACAGACAAUAUAUGAGACAAAAAUUAAAAAGUUUAUUUCUUGCUUUCUUGAUGACUUGACACCAGCAUUAAAAAAAUCAUCACAGCUUAGUGAAGAGAUCAGAAGCGAAGGAAAUAAGAUUUACAAAAGAAAUGACCAAAACGUUAAUUUAUUUGAAUCUGCAUUUCUUUAUACGCUUGCAUUAAAGUGUUCUGAGAAUGACAGCGACUUAUCUUUUGCUCAUGGGAAUCGAGCUGCCGCUUUAAUGAGACUUGGAUUUAAUAAAGUCGCUCGAAAUGACUGCGAGGAAGCUAUAAAAUUAAAUCAUCCUGAUCCGUUUAAAAUUUACGAAAGAAUGUGUUCAUUAUCAAAUGGCUGCAUAAAAGACAUGCGAAAGAAUGUAGCAGAACUUGAAAAGUACGCGAAAAAAGGUUCAAAGCAGUCUAAAGAAAUUCUUCAAAAAUACAAGACACGAUUAAAAGCUAUGGAAAAAGAAACCUAUGUUGACGACGAGGAACAAGAGGAACUAAAUAAGCUUACUUUGGAUGACCAAAGCAAAGAUGAGCUUAAAGUCAAGCAAAUGAAUUCAGAAUCGCUAGGAAGAUAUGUCGUUGCUCAUAAAGAGAUUAAAACGGAUGAGAUCAUUUAUAAUGAGAUACCAUUUGCGUUCGUACCGGUCCAUAAUUACGGCGUUAAGAAAUACUUCAACACGGAUUGCGAAAAUUGUGCUCUAGUCAAUGUCUGGCCUUUCUUGUGUUUAGAAUGCAGGCAUUCGACUUAUUGUUCAAGUCAAUGUCGAGAUGAGCAUUUUAAAAUUCACAAAUACGAAUGUGAAGGAUAUAAAAAGAAUCUUUUCUUCGAAAUCGGUAUUGCUCAUUUAUCCUUGCGAGUGCUUUUAGUCGGCUUUCCAUCGCUCAUAUCAAAACUUGAACUUUUUGCUGAUCAAGAGAAGUUGAAGAAAGAUCCAGAAAAGAUUUUUGAACAACUUAUUGAUUUAUCGUCCGAAUUUUAUCAUGACUAUUUUGGAGAAAACAGCAGUUCAGAAUUUCAGGAAUAUGCUCGAGUUUUGUGCCUUCAACCUAAUCUGUUUCGUGACAACACGUUCUUAAUGAGAAAUAUGCCCUAUGUUUAUACUGCGUACAUGCUUACAAUCUACCUUAGAGAAUGUACGACCUUCUUCCAAGAUUUUCUAUCGAGCAAAAUAAAGGAUUUACUAGAUGACAGUGGAUGGGAUUUAUUGAUUAGUGCCUUAAUCUUGCGACAUAUUGGUCAGUUAGUGUCAAAUGGUCACGCAAUCGUAGAUUUUCGACAGAAUGUCUUCACUACUGACGCAUUAAAGCUUAUGUUACUUAAAAAUCAACCCAAUGGCGGUGGCUUGCAUCUACUGUUAAAGUCUCAGCGUGUCUUUACUGGAAUUUUCCCACGAAUCUCGAUGUUGAAUCAUAGUUGUGAACCGAACAUCAGAAAUGUUUUUGAAGGAAGGAUGUUAACAAUCUUUGCAGCGAGUGAUAUUCCUGAAAAUGGUGAGAUUUUUAAUUGCUAUGGUCCUCACUGGAAGUUGAUGUCUUUUCAAGAACGGCAAGACACUCUUAAGCUGCAAUAUAAUUUUGAAUGCAAAUGUACAAAGUGCUUGCAGACGAAUGAUGAAUAUAGAUUUAACAAUUCAAUUUUGUGCCGAAAGUGUAACAGGAGAUUAUUCUAUCCCGAUAAAAAGCUGUCAUCUGAUGACAAUGACGAUUAUUCAGACGAAGAUGAUGGAAGUGAUGAAAAUUUCCGUCUUCGUUGUGACGAUUGCAGAAAAGUCCACGAUAAUGUUCACAUGAAGAAAUUCUUCUCCUUAUUAGCUCAACAGUCUGAUUCUAAUUUUACAAUGAAUCAGCUUUACACGACAUAUUUAUCUGCUAUUUUUGGCAUGGGAUCAUUAGACGAGAUUCGUUAUCACAUGACUGAAAUGAUGCUCCAUACUCUCAUCACUAAUAGAAAUUCUAUCAACAUGCAGAAUGCAAAUAUCCCCUUAACAUUGAGUUUCGAGCUUCUAAACGUAAAGGAAAACCUUUACGGACCAUAUAGUGUUGAGUUUCUUGAGGCAGGCUUCUUCUUUCUAGAUGUCGUGUCAAUUUUAAUCGAUAAAGGUGUCAUCACAGAAAGGAACAACAACCAGCUCAUUGAGCAAACAUUAAAGAAGUUUUUAGUAUCUACAGAAAUCUGUUCAUCAAACAUUAAGGCAAUUAUUCGAAAUUAUAUUUCACGUUAUUGCUAUGUCUGUGUAAAUGAGUAAUAAAAGUCUUAUUUUCUUUUAAAGUAUUGUAUAAAAAUCAA